AAAUGUUGAACUACCUGAGAAAUUAUGAGAUCUGUAAAAAAGUUCCAGAGCUUCAUUUUCUCCUGCAUGGACCAGUAGGAGCAGGAAAAUCCAGCAUCAUCAACACCAUCAAGAGCAUUUUUGAAAAUCGACCGUAUCACCUCUCUCUGCCUUCUGCAGCAUCUGGUAAAAGUUUUACUCUAAAAUAUCACAAGUUCCCCAUUGGAAGUGAGCUCUCUGGACAAGUACCCUUCGCCUUCUAUGAUGUAAUGGGUCUAGAAGAGGGAAAAAACAAAGGAAUGCACACUGAUGACAUCAUCAGCGCUUUAAAGGGACACAUACCAGAAGACUAUGAAUUUCAGCCACAUGCAAUGAUUAAAGAGGACAAGAGGUACAUCAGCGACCCCACUCUCAGAGAUAUGAUCCACUGUCUCGUGAGCGUAUUACCGGCGGAUAAAGUCACGCUAAUGUCCGACUCCGUCAUUGAUAAAAUGAAGACUGUCAGAGCGGCAGCGAGCGCAUUAGGAAUGCCUCAAAUGGUUUUCAUGACCAAAGUGGACGAGGCUUGUCCCAUGAUAAAGGACGAUCUCAGCAAGGUCUACCAAAGCAAGAAGAUCAAAGAAAAGAUGCACGAGUGCAGUAACAGGUUAGGCGUUCCUAUGAACUGCAUUUUCCCUAUGAAAAACUACCACGAGGAGACCGUUCUAAAUGAGUCGGUAAACCUCCUGAUGCUGGAGGCUCUGAAACAGAUCGUCAUCGCCGCCAACGACUAUGUGGAAAAAUCCAGCAAGUAAAGUAGAGCAUGUUCCUGGCACUGUUUUGUGUAGGUGCAUUGGGUUAUUUGUAUUAUUGUUAGUAGUAUUACAGGACUUCUGCUUGGCACCCAGUAGGCCUUAUGUAUGGCCAUGUAGAGGACCUGGGUUUCCAUCUCUUACCAUGUCUUGUCAGGCGAGCCCCUAUGCUACAAAACAGGAACGUAGUGGAUGAUUCUCCUGCAAACUAGCUAAAUCAGCUUAUACUAUACAAAAUAUUAUCCACGUGUAUCUUUAUCUUUAAUCAGAGUUACUAAUUUGUCUGCAGAGCAUUGGCAUGAUGGGAAAUAGUAAUCAAACUGCGUUUUUUUUACAUUAAACUGCUUUAAAGUCACCAUUAUGGUUGCAGUACAGGCGCAGAUGAAGGAAAGUCUCUGUGGACACGUCUUUAGUUGCAAGUCAAGAUAUUUUCUGCCAAAUUUGACAUCCCAUGCUCUUUGUCCCCGGCUUCCUUCCACCUACCCCUAUUUAUACAGGUUUAGGCCAGGGGCCACUGCAUGCAAGAUCAAAUUUCUUAUCAUAUAUAAAUGACUUACAUGCAUGCAUUUAUACCCAAACAUAUUCUAAGAUGACCAUAUGGGCUCUGUGUGACAUACCGGCCUCUAUCAAACA